GUAUAGCUUUGUGCCUGCCGCCAAGCUCGGUCGUGGUGUAUUUGCACGAAAUCACAUUAUUUUAUAGGACGUUUUUAGGCUUUUUCUGUAUGUUUUGUUGUACUUCAUUUGCACAGGAGUAAAAUUGGAUAUUUAAUCACUCUACUUGUAGUUUGUGGUGCAUUUCGGUUUGAGUUUUUGGUGACUAUUGUGAUAGAAAUGUUAUAGUGUUACAGUCGCCAUUUUGGGCAAUCGUCAAGUUGAGAUCGUAGAGGUGUCCGUAUGAUAUUCCAUUUAAAACGUCUCGUGGCUCUUAUUUCGGGAAAUAUAGCGUCUGGAUAGUUAGCCAAAGUUCAGACAAUGACCCAUCAAGGAAAUACACUUAAUUUUCUGAUACACAAUGCCAAUGGUCAGCCACAAGUUUACAAAGUGUUGCAGACGACGCCUGCUAAAACUGUGACCACCACUGCAGUGAACACAGCAGGAAAGACAAUAUUCAAAACUCCGUCUCAAGAUGGAACCCAUGCAGCGACCAUUUUAACUAGCUCCGGUACGCAGGUUCUGCGUACCCUCAGCCUCCAAGGAUCCAAGACUGCCACACAAAGAUCCCCUCACAUGGUAACAAUACCAAUCCAGUCUGCCACCCCGAUGAAGGUUGCAGCCAUCAAACAGGAAACGACCAUCCUGCCGAAAACUAUUCAUCUUGCCUCAAAUCCCAUGGUGCUGAGCACCUCCCAGAGGAUCGCUGCACAACACGUACUGCCGACAAACAUCACUCCCAAGAACUACAUCUCCCCGAUUCUCGACCACAGCGGGUCGCGGAAACGACAGGAGAACGAAAACGACUUCAUUCCUGAGUACAGCAAGAGGCGGAAAUCCGACAAAGUGGGCAAAGGCCUGCGACAUUUCUCCAUGAAGGUGUGCGAGAAGGUGCGCAAGAAAGGAACGACGUCGUACAACGAGGUCGCCGACGAGCUCGUCGCAGAGUUCACGAACCCAGCGCUGAUAGUGUCGCCAGCAGAUCAGGUAAUGGUUGAAAAGCAGCAGUACGACCAGAAGAACAUCAGGCGGCGGGUGUACGACGCCCUCAACGUGCUCAUGGCCAUGAACAUCAUCUCGAAGGAGAAGAAGGAGAUCCGGUGGCUGGGGCUGCCGUCCAACUCGCUGCAGGAGUGCAUGAACCUGGAGAAGGACAAGCAGCGACGCAUCGAGCGCAUCAAGCUCAAGACUCAGAAGCUGCACGAGCUCAUCCUCCAGCAAAUCUCGUUCAAGAACCUGGUGGAGCGCAACAGGCGCAUCCAGGAGCAGAACGGGAAGCCGGCGCCGAACACCGCCAUCCAGCUGCCGUUCAUCGUGGUCAACACGGGCAAGAAGACGGUGAUCGACUGCAGCAUCUCCGGCGACAAGACUGAGUACCUGUUCUCCUUCGAUGACAAGUUCGAGAUCCACGACGACAUCGAGGUCCUCAAAAGGAUGGGCAUGGGGUUGGGUCUGGAAAAAGGCGAAUGUACAGAAGCGGACCUCCAGAGGGCGAAAUCCAUGGUGCCCAAGUCCUUGGAAAACUACGUGUUGCAGCUGGCGAGCGGGGAGGGCCCGGGCGCCCCGGCACUCUGCGCGGGGCCCAGCUCGGGGGGCUCGCUGCUGCUGGAGGACCUGGACGGCCGGUUCGGGGCGUCGGAGCUGUCCCGCCAGUCGUCCCACACCUCGCUCUCCGACCCCUUGUCGCCGUCGGCCCACGAGUUCUCGGACGACGACGACGAGUCCGUCCUGUCCAGCGACCUGGAGAUCAACUAGUGCCACGGUUCCGCGAGUUUGAGGAAGUGGCCCUGUGGAAACAGGGGGACGUCAAAAAAGACAUCAAUCGACCCCGAGCUGUUAAAUUUUUGAUAUCAGAAAAAACAACGUGUGUGCUCGCCAAGUUGCUCCCUUCCGGCGCUUUCCGAAAAACCUGGAACAUUUUACGUUUUGGUGUUGACGUACUGGUUGAAAAAUGAUAACCGGGUUUGGUUCUGAAGAUUGGAAAAGAAUUUCCAGGAAUAUACACGUACGUGUGGAUAAAUAAGUCUGGGAUUUUUGUAGCAGCCAUGGAAUAAAAUUAUAAAAAAAAGGACACCUUUAAAAAUGUUUUAGGGGGAAAAAAUGCAUCCGGGAGUUUCGUAGCAUCUGACAAGAGCAGGGAUGGUGCUUUGAUGGGAAAUGAGACAAUAAAAUUUAACAAAAAAGUUUAUUUUUAAUUUUUAUGUAUAGUACAUUUCGUUUAUUUUAAGCAGAAUUUUUUUUUUCUCUCUUGCCCUGAUAUUCUGCAGGUCUGAGUGAAUUGUUUGUACCUAAGUACCUCUUGUUUGAUUAAUUGGGCCAUAAUGUUUGUUUUACUUAAGUACUCGCCAUUACCACAUGUCAGUGAUAUUGUAAGUGGUUUUGUUAACGACACUUUCUUUCCUACUACGGUGUAUUUUUAUAAUUUGUUACUGAAUAUUUAAGCUGAAAAUUUUAUAAUUUUGAUCUUGACCUUCAAAAGAAAUAAACAAAAGUUUUUUUUAAUUGUAUUCAGAUAACACUUCAUUUAUAUUUAUUGUUAAAAAAUAAUUUGUGAAAUAAGUAGCAACUGUUAAUACUACUAUCAGUAACUAUGGUUAGUUAGUAUUGUAUUUUUUACGGUGGUUUUUACCACUAAAGUAAUACUAAUAAUAUAUUCAUUUAUUUAGCUUUUACCAAACUCGCUUCAUAUUCUCUAAAUAUUGUUUCUUGUGUUUUUGAAAUAAGAUAUCUAAUAGAAAUGCCACAGGAAAAAAAAUUACUACAUUGUUGGUUUUUUGUUUCUAUACUAAAGAUAAAAAUGAUUACUGGCUGCUACUCGUAGAGGGUUAACAGUUCUGACACUUCGGAGCUUGUCAUUCGUGUGGACAUUUUGGAAAUGAGUAUAGGGCAAAACAUGAUUUGGAGAUAGUUUUCUUUUGUUUUUCUUUUGUUUUUAUUUUUGUCAUUUUAUAUUUUUCUGCUCAAAAGAAAAGGACUGUUCUCGAUAUUCCGAUUCCUUUCAUUUCUUCUCAGCCUAAGUUCAGCACGAAACAAAAACAGUACAAAUAAAUAGUAAUGAAAAACUUCAGAUGCCACUUGUGGAUCAUUGAGGCAACUACAAAGAUGUACGUUCCUUCUGAUGAUUAAUUUAAUUUGAUGGUGCAGUAGUGUUUAUGUUUAUUUAUGUUGUAUAUUUUAUGAUUUCAAAAAAAAAGUGGGUUUUUACACCAAAGUAAUAAAUGAUUUAUGUCUAAAACAGAAGAUAAUAUAUGCUUUUAUUUUGUAGUGAUUAAAAUAAAUAUUAUGGUGCUACGCAUUAUCUUGCAGUGAUGAUGUAUUCAGGACUAUGGUCAUUAAUUCCACAGUUCUUCAAUUGUGAUUCCAGUAGACUUUUAUUCCUGUUUUCAUUCUACUUCUAUUUCCAUUUUUUAUUUCUUUGUAAUUUUGAAAUAUCUCUUAAGUGUGGUGGGAGUUCAUUAUUUUUUAAUUUUACAAUUUUUUUUAUAUAACUUCUGAGUCAUGCUAAAAAAUAUAUGUACAGAUGACUUAAGUUGUAUUUAAUUAGUUCCAUUGUAAAUUCAAUGAAUGUUGUUAGGCAAAAUUUGGUCAGUUAUUUUUAAUAAAAUGUUAGGCCAAUACAGUUCAGAAUCAAAAACCCGAAAGAUUUGUUGUUCCGAAACACAACUUGUGAAUCUUCAAAAUUCCUUGUCAGGUUUGCAGAUUCAACAUUACUCUUUUAAAAAUGCUGUGAACUUUGUCUCUUAUCUUUCCAUUUGUAUUAACUCUUUUAUAUGUAACAUAGAUCUCAAAGAAAUUACAAUGUAUUUUGUCAGUUCCCUUGCAGAUUAAUUUGGUUUUUUUAAUCAUAAAAAUAAAAACUUUUUAUAACUCCUACACAUUUUGAUUUUAUUGCUUUUUUAAAUUUUCUUGUGAACUUUGUCACAGUUAUGAAGAAAAUAAUAUGAGAUAGGGGCAGGUUUGUGUAUAUGACGUUGCAGAAACAUUUCUUUCAUUGUCUAACUUGGCUGGACAAAAAAAAUUAUUUUUUUGUUUUAAAACAGCUUAAAUUGAGUACUCCAAACAUUACUCAAAAACAAAACAAAAAAACUUUUCAGUGUCUGUUCACCCCUAUAAUUUUCAAUGUCGGUUUAAGAUAUUUCGAUUCACUUAUCUCAAGACUGCUUGGAAACAUUUCUCAAUUUGUGGUUGUAACUAUCCAAGGGUACAAUCUUUGAUAAUGGGGCAUUGUUUUUGAAUGAUUGAUGCAGAAAAAAACAUUCAACUAAAUUUAUCAGUAAAUACUCUAUGGGAUUGCAUCAUAUAUUAUUAUUUGUCCUUGAUAGAAUUGUUUUCGUACUGCAGCUCAGUUUGUUGAUGUGUGAGCGAAAGGGCCAUGUUGCUGCACUGACCACCUCUGUCUGCUAUCCGCCAUGCUUUAUUACUCUGUUGGGGUGGGGGGUUGGGGGCAUUGGUCACACACCCCACUGCUCUCCACACACUUAUGCCCCUGCUAUUCCCAUCAUCUAUUCCUGCUCUCCGCUAUUCCCAUUCUCUUCUGUUCCAACCCACCCCCUCCUAUUCCCACAAUAUGACAAAAAGUCAAAGGAUGUUGGUUGAACAAUUGCCAACACAGUACACUAUGUAUACAAAGUUUUACACUUUUCCCCCCCUUCCGUAUUCUGUUAUUUGAUUUAUCCAACCCUGUGUCCCCUUCCCCAAGAUUUCACAAGUGCGAGCUACAGGAUAAUUGUCAUUUAUAACAUUGGAUUAUUCUCUCUUGAUGUGGUUUCUAGAUUGCGCAUGUUUUUUAAGGAUCUUUCUCACAAACCACGUGUUUUUUUUUCCUUCGCUAUUAUAUUGUCUGUGUUUUUUUUUUGUUUUUUUUUUUUUUUUAAUUAUUAUUUGAACCUCUUGCAUGUGAUGGUCUGUCUCAGAUAUUUUUAACAGUUAUAAACUAAGUGUAAUAUAAUUAGUGUACAAAGUUAUGCAGGUGAUAAUUAUGAAUACAUUUUCACCUUUUUACAGCCAUUUUACUACCCUUGGUUAUCUCUUGAAAAAAAAAUUUUGUGAGAGAAAGCAACAAAUAUAAUAGAAAAAUGCCUGUUUUUUCUGAUGUUUUCUGCCUCAAAUACGUAAUUAAAAAUUUUAAUUAGCCUGUCAUCAUUACAAGUUUUAAUUAACAACAAAUUUUAGUUUACGAAAAUUUCAAAAUUUGAAAUUAUUUAGCAGAAAUAAUUGUGCAUAUUAUGGUAUUUAUUUUAGUAUCAAAUUCAUCUGUGGUAUGCAGCCUACCAUAGUUUUUUUUUAAUGAUUUACAUAACUAUGUUUAUGUAGGAUUGUGCAGAUUGAAAUUGAACUAAACCAGGGUUUAUUAUAUUUGUGUAUGUAAAGGAAGAACUAAAUUUCAUUUUACAGUUUAUGUUUUAGUUACUAAAAACUGUUUUUGGAGGUAAAACGUGUCUUUUUCCUUAGGAUUAAAAAAACACUCAUUUUAUUUAACGUUAUAAAAAGACUGCAGAAAAACCCUAUAAAGAAAAAAUUUUCUCUUAACAAAAUUUCCUGGUUGCCAAGUUAAAGAAAUUAAGCACUUAACCUAUUACUACAUAGAAUUUAAUCCUUUAAUAAAUUUUCCCUGCUAAUAAGGCUUAAGAUUCUUGGUACCUACCUCUAGAAAUUUCCUGACAGGGAUUUUCUAUAUUCUACUCAGCUAAUGAACCACAUGUAGAAAACAUUUAAAUAGAUUUCCAAAAACAGCACUAAUAUUUCUUUUGAAAUUAUUAUUAUUAUUAUUAUUUUUUUUUUUUUUUUUUUUUCAGUUUUGAAAUUGAAUAUUAUGAAUUUUAAUGACACUUUAUUUUAAAGAAGGUACUAUUUCACUGAAGUGUUUCUUACAUUCAAGAACACUAGUUGCAUCGUACAGUUGGAAUUCUCUUGUUUGACACAUUUUAUAAUUGGGCAUGGCAUGGGUCAAGUCAAGUGUAUCGUGUUAGGGUAGAUACAGUUUUCUGGUUUUACAUAUCAUUUUUCCGCAGUAUUUCAACUGUGUGGUACAGAAUUAAGGCAUCUUAAUCACAACUUUUUUUUCCAUGCAAUUAUAUUGUGUAUAAAUUUUUCUCUGGUGUUACCAUUAAAUCUAUAUUGGUGUCAGGUAAUCCUGCUAAAUCACAAGUCCCGUAUCUGAUACGGCCUUGUUCCCAGAAGUGCCCAAUUUAAAAACUUUUUAUCUAUUAAAUGUCCCCUUUUUAUUUCAAAUUUCCUGAUAGUCAGUGUUGCUUUACAAUCAAGUUUGCCCUAAAUUUGAGGUGGUGUUACAUUUCAUACCUUGAGAGCAGCUUGCGAGAGAAUCCCUCACUGUUCGAUGGAUGCCUAAUACAUUAUAAUUCUGCUUAUCCGGACUGUACAGGACUGAACUGUGUCCGAAUCGCCAAUAGUCCUGAUUGAAAAGAAUUUGCCGUAACAUUCAUGUGUGUAGUACAAGUUUUGGAUGGUUAAAACUAUAAAAAUAAUGUUUAUUUAAUAAUAAAAACAAUCUACAGCUUAUGUAUACUUAAGUAUUUAACUUACGAACUAAUGUGGGUUUAAUAAAACAAAAUUUCUUUUUUAUUAAAUAAAAAAUUAUUCGUUGUACAGCAGAGUAGUAAAUUCUUCCCCCCUCCCCCCCAUUUUUUCUUCUUUUUCUUCCUCUCUUCCUAGUUUAACGGGAUGACCGGAUUAGCACCACUACUAUUCUUUUGCUUUUUUGUGGGAAUUUACCUAGAUGUCCUCCAACUAAACUACAUUUAGUUCUUUCACAAAAUCUUUUAUUGACUUUCCUUAAGAUAAUUUUGUUGUCGAAAUUCAAAACAUAAUGUAUUAUUAUUGUUAUAAAAUAUUUUUACAGCCCAAUUAGGUUGUAACAUUCCCAGACUUUGAGCUCAGUUUGUCAAAUUGCUUGCUUGCCAGUUAAUGGGUGGCAGUAUGUAGUGAUAGGUCGAUGGUCUUGUUAAGUGUACUCUUAUGGUUUUCACUCUAUUUUCAUUCUUUUUUAUGUUACACUAUAUUGCACACCAGUUUUGUACAUUCACAUUUAAUGCUUACACAGUAAAAAUAAAUCUUUUCCGAAAUCCCCUCUUCAAUUAUAAAUAUUACCAUAUUCCUCGGGUGCGAGACAAAUUUUGUGUGUUCUUUAAAAUUUCAAGGGAAAAUGUCAUAACUGAAAUUUCUCAAUAUUUAGGGAGUUUUAAAAAGGUUCAGUAAAAUAAAAAUUAAAUUCUAAACAUAUGAAAUAGUAACAUUUCCUUCAAAGCUAAAAGGUUUCAGUUUGUGUUAUACAUUUAAUUGUCCAUUAAAGUACUGCAUAUAAACGUUACAAAAUUAACUUACGCAUUUUAUGUUUAGCUAGGCUUCCAAAUAGUCAACAACAUUAUUAGUGUUUAUGUAAAUACAAAAAACAAAUGGGCUAGAACAUAUUCCGCUACAGAGAAAUCUUUUAGUAGCUCAAGGUAAUAUUCAGUUUCGCGGUUAUGAGAGUUGAUUUAAAAUUUUAGCAAGUUGUGUCUAUGGGAACAAUUGGCUCUUUUAAAUUGUUUCAUUUUCUCCCGAGUAGAGUUAUAUGAAGAACUGUUAAUAAAGUGAAUAGCAGGAGUGAGACUUACAGUCUGCUGAUAUAUUUACGCAAAUACACAAGACACCUACCCAAACACCUGUUGUCUUCAGAUAAUGCCUGUCAUGAAUGACUGAUAAAUACAGUUUGCAAGAGUUGGUACUACAGGGGUGAGAUCAGUGUUGUGUGGUUACCUCCCCCCCCCCUCCCCUCCUUUUAACACCUUUUCCAAUUUACUUUCCUAUUGGUUUGAAGCCUUUUUUUCUUAGCGCUGUAUGUGUUGUAAAUAUAUUUUUUUAAAUGUUUUUAUGUAUGAUUUAACUUGAUGUGUUUCUAUUCUUUGAAAAAUUUAAUAUUUUUUAUUGUUUUUGGUAGUCAAUUUUUGGUGAAAACGCCGAAUAUUGAACUAGGAAAAGACGCUUUCAGGUUCCACGUCAUGAAUCUUGGCUAUUUUUGGUGAAAUUUUGUUCGAAAACAUUUCUUCGAGUAAAGACGUUCUCACUUUUAAACUUUGUAUAUGACAGUGAUCUAGUAAAUUCAUCCUCACCUUAAAUAAUGCUGUGAUCGCUAUUUUGUGGUAUUCGUGAGGCAAGGAUUGCAAGUUUAAACCCAACACCCCGGCAUAACACACGUUUAGGUUCACUGGGUCGUACUCAGGCUGGUUGAAAUCCCAUUCGUGGAAGUCUGAAAGCCUCAGUGCAUAACUAUGCACCAGUUAAAAAUUUGAAAAUCAAUAAAAGUUAAGUGUUAGUUUAUUUUGUGAAUGUUGUUUUAUAGUCUUUAACAAUGAAACAAAACUAAGUAGGAAUUUUUUGAGGUUUAUUAUUUGCCUUUUCCAAACUAAGCAUUUGUAGUGAUCUUGUGUUUUCAAGUACAAAUUUGUUUUUUUAUCAUAAUUAGGUUUAAAAUAAUAGGUUUUCUCCUGCAGCAAUGCUCUUUCAUAGUUAACUAUUUGUAAUCUUGGGAUACACAUUUCCUUUAAGGGCUUCCUUUAGUUAGAGUGGUGUUUUUUUUUUCUUUCAAUAAAAAAUGGGCUAUUCUAAUUUUGGCAUUUUGAGUCUAGGUUCAGUGGCCACUUUCAACUUGGUUAUUCUUUAUGUCUUAACUCUUUUCAGUUCUUUAUCCUUGCUUUUAGACUCAAGCCAGUUGAUGCAAUCGUAGUGAUACACGCAAAGGCAGUCUGGAUUAGCAUGAUAAUUUAGGAAAACAUAAUACAAGCCAAUGUACGUACUUUCAGAUAAAGCCCUUUAUAGUGAACAACACAUGUUAAAAAUAGUAAAAGUUGAAUCCAAUUUUUCUUAAAUUUGAACCUGGAAUUGAAAUCUUUAAAGUGUGCUAUUAAGCUGAGAUAUCAAGAGUAAAGGAUAUAAUAAAAUGUUAGCAAAGACAUAGAAAUUUAAGUUUUAUAAAAUUAUUCAUCCCAUUAAAUAAUUAUAUUUGAAAUAAAUAACAGCAUGGUUCUUAUAUUUUUUUAGAGAUGAAAAAUUACUUAUUGUGCCAAUUUACUUUUUGUGCCAAAAAUAUUCCUUAAUUUGCGAAACCAUUGGUUUACAAAAAUUUUAAAUUCGAGGCACAUUUAAAAUCCAAAAAUAAUUGUAGGUUAAACUGUGUACAAAUUACUGAGAAAUGUGUUGGAAUAAUAAAGUUGAAAAUUAGAGGGGAAAAAUAAUGCGCCUAAAGAGAUUCAGUAAAGUUGAUCAUAUAGCACAUAAUAAUGAUGUGUCAACAAAAAUAGCUGUAUAUCUUUAAUGAAAUGGUAUAUUAGAGUGACUAUAUACCGUAUGUCAUCUGGAUAAAAUGUGAUGAUUUUUACCAAACCUGUUAAACCUAAAAAUAAGAAUUGCAUUAUAAUCGCAAACUUGUCUUGCAGCUCGAAGAUGUGAAUUUACAGGGUUGGAAAAGCUUGGUUGAAAUACCACACACUCUGCCUUGUAACUGCGUCAAUUAAACCCCCUCUCGCCCUUCCUGGCGACCCAUCAUAUAUCACAGCAUUCUUUGCUUUCUGACAAAUGGCUUAUGAACUACUGCCAUAAAACUCUCUGCCUUAUAAUUGCUUCCUUCUAAUUGCUGCUUGCUUUUUCAGUAAAGGCCUUGCAAAUCAUUAUUCUGACAGACAGGCACCAGAAAUGCUGCUAGACAAUAUGGCAUAAAUGUGCUGAUUUAAAUUAUUUUUAAUUUUGUAUGUUUGAAAUGUGAUUUUUUUUUACACCGUAAAGUAUUUUUCAUAAACUCAUAAUAAACAGUUUCGGGUAGCAUUAUAUUCAGAGUCGCAGUAUUUUCAGGUAAACGGAGUAUUAAUAUCUGGACGUGCAUUUCGUGGGAGUACCACAUGUUGCACCAGUGUUGCCUGACGCACACUCAAGAGAUCCAGUGUGCUAAACAAAUAUGCCCGGAGUUUGUAGAUGGUGGCAGAUACACAGGUAUUGUAACUAAUGCAUUCCCUGUAAACUACACAGGCACGAUGUUGAAAUCUUUCCGAAACGAACGAUUCAAGAAUUCAAUUGAAGCAUCAAUAGUUUAGUUGUAUCGACUCUUAACACGUGGUGAGUCAUUCAUCGUGCACCAUCCCAGAAAUUGUGAGCAUCUGCUCAGUUUACAGUUCUGGUGCAAUUGUGCCCACCGAGUUAAGCAAUAAUUUCACCCGAAAUUAUUGCAUACAAUUUUUUUUAUAUGUCCGAAAUUAGCUCCAUCUUUCUACGGUGCAAGGCGUCUUUAAAUUUUCUAUAUAAGUAUGUUUAUUUUUCCGUGUAUGUUUCAAUGAAUCUGUUCAGGUUAUUAUUCAAAGAUCAGAGUCGGGCCAGCUUAGGUGGCCUACUGUGUUUUUAACAUCUGUAAAAAGUUAUGUGGUGUGUGCUCAAGGUUUAAACGGCUAAAAAUAACACUAUAAUAUAGAAAUAAAUUGUGCACGUGGAGUUCAGGUAUCAUAGAGGUGAAACUUCUUGCUUCUUAGGUAUAGAUAGACCUAAAUUAUUUUCAUUUUCGAUCAAACUAUCCGCAUAAAAAUGAAUGAUAAUUAUCAACUCAAUUGCACAAAUCAAUAACUCUUUCCGAAAAGAAUAAAUAAAUUGUGGAUUCUUUAAAAAUACAAUAAAGAUACGGCAGUGCUAAUCGUCAGCCGUAGUGAAAAUUAAGUAUUAAAACAAACAGCGUUACGAGAAUUUCGUAGCAUCACUGCUGCGUAAUUUCUACCUCUCCCCUGCCGUCUCCCCAUCCGGCCGUUACAACUAGCAUAUAGCAUGCUACACUGCGUAACUAUCCCUCCUCCUUGCCGUCUUCCCAUUCGACCGCUAAUGCAUGCGUAGGAGUGGCGUCGCCGCUGACGCACUCUCCUCUACCAGUUCCCCCAUUACGUACCGAACUAUUCCCCUCAUGUGAUCUGAAUUUUUGUAACGCUCAAGAAUUGUUGCCCCCUCAGCAAAGAAGUUUUACUUUAAAAAAAAAUUUGACAAUAGUGUCCUUUCAUUUGCACUUGCAAUUUUUAUCUCUAUGUUGUGCAUAGCAAAAUAGAAUACGUAGUUAAGACUAGAAAAAGUUGCACAAGCAAAUUUCUGUUAUUUUUAAUUUUGAAAAUGUGCUGAAAAGGACGAGGAAUUAUAAAUUGGGUUUGCAUCAAUUGCUUAUAAAAAUUAGUUCUUCACAUUUUUAAGUAAUGGAACAUUGCAGUUUUUUGUUGUUACUACACCGUGAUAUUACAUGUUUUUAAAGGUUAAAGCAUAGUUACAAAACCAAAUGUUAAUGUUAAUCUAGUUGCAUUGAAUCUUGUAUCUAUGAUACCUUUUUGGAACUUGUCGAAAUUGUUUUAUUUAUUCUUAUAUUCGAAAUAUUUACUUAAGCCAAAAUAAAUUAAAUGAUUUACACUUGGUAACAGUCAUAAUAAUUGCUUUAAAAUAUAAGAAAGGACUGACUUUAUUUGGUAUUAGUAUACUUUUUUUUUUUCAAUGUUUGUUUCAUAAAUUAUGGUUCUCUACUAGUGAGGAAAGUGUCGUUUUUUCCCCCCCUUCAGAUGUAAAUAUAUACGAAUGAAUGGUUAUGUGUCUUGUGUAUACUAUUUUUUGUACAGUGUUUUUUGUGCUGAAGAACUAAUGUUUUGUUCUAUUCUUAUUUAAUUCAGCAAAAUAGUUAACUGUGUUCUUUGUUAAUAUCUCUUUUUUAACCGUAACUUGUGUGUUCAGUUUAGUAGUUGGUAGUUAGUGAGUGGCCGUUUCAAGAAGGCCGUUAUAUCGCCGUCCGCGGAUUGUAGACUCUAACCGAAUUAAGUAGCUCGCCGCGGUCAUGUGGUUUGUUUUGUUUUCGGAGCCAACUGCCCUUGUGCCAUGAAGAUUCGGGACCAUGCGUCACUUAAGACACGAACAACAGAGCAAUUAUAUUUUACGUGCUGGCAAUGAAGUGGGAAUGCAGAAUGUGUUAUUUUUGUAGAAAUCUUAGAUUGAUGGCAGCAUGUGUUGACUGUCUCCAAAACAGUUGAGAAAUAAUGAUGCAAAUUUUGUUUGUGGAAAAUUUUUUUUUUAAUUCUGAACAUUGUGACUUUGUGUGUUGGUGCAAUGUGUUUCUUUUUUUUUUUUUGUCGAAAAAAAAAUGUUUUCGUGUCUGGGAAAGUUAGUACUGGUAUUUGAUUCAGUGUUGCCAUUUUUAACAUUUCACAGUUUGCACAUAUGUAAAUCAAUUCUGUGCACCUAACGUGAGUGUUGUCUAAGGAAUUUAUAUACUAAUACAGUGUGUUUGCGUGUGCUUAUUUAGUGUCUGGAAACUGGAGACUGUGUGAGUUAGGCUGACUGUUUUUGCAUGUGGACCACUGCUAGUUUGUAAAUAAUAAUUAAGUUGCCUUCAAAAUGUGUAAGGGGAUUAUGCUCGGUCACAGACCGGCAUUGAGGUGAAGAGACUUACUGAUUGCAAUGCAGCACAAAUCCAUUGUCUUUCUUAAUUAAUAUAACAAGUUAAUGUAGCAAACUAUUUCCAAGAAGCAUUCCCCUCCGCAGAAACAAAAAAAAAAUUAAGUGCAUUGACUUCAUGUUGAAGUUGCCAACAUAAUAGAAGCUAGGAGGCAAUCAGUUUAAUAAAAAAAAAUGUUAACCUUUUAUUUUGUAAAAAAAAAUUGAAUUUUUCUACAAAAAAAUAUACCUUUUGUUUAGGUAGGAGUGAAUACUAUUGUUUUGUCACACUUCUGUAGCCAUGCACACCAGUAUCAUGUACAAAUUUUUAAGUGCAUUCUUGUAAUUACAUGUUAUGUAGCUUUCAUUUUGGAUUCACAGUGUCCUAGUUUGUUUAUAGUUUCAUCAUUAAUAAGAAAAAGAAAAUUAAAUAAGACUACAAAAACAAAAACAUUACGGUUGGUAUUUUUACAGGUAACUUUUCUCUUAAAAAAAUUUAUUGUUGCUGGUUGAAUAAAUAAACAAUGUUAAUUUUUGUGUGUGCAAGAGAUGUAGUUAUUGCAUAUUUUGUUACCUUCUCAAAACAUUUAUUAUUGGCACUGGAAGCAAUGUACGUAAGAGCCACCUGGGAUUGUGCAAACAGAUAAAGAUGUUAGUUAGUAGCUAUGGUUGUGUGGAAAAUUAGUCCGAAAUAUUGUUUCACAUGCUAGAUAUAUUGUAAGUCCUUUAUUUCGCCAGGGCAGAAAUCUGUGGCAACCUUUGCCAGAAAAAGGUUCAAGAAGUUUUCAUCAAUAUAUAUAAAAUAGUAAUGUUAGUUCGUUCAAAAAUCCUAAAUUUCCGAAAUUUCGUAACUGAUUGCUUUGAAAUAACGUUGCAUUUGAAUACGCGUGUGUUCAUCUACAUAUGUCACACCUGUGACAGGUAAAAAGAUAAAUAAAAAAAAUAUUUAUAAUUUAAAGUGUGUUCAUCUUCUGUUUUGUAAAGAUAUAGAUAAGAUAGACAUAGAGAGAGAGAUGUUGAGAGAGUAAAAGAGAGAUGUUGAGAGUUAGAGAGAGAGAGAUGUUGAGAGUUAGAGAGAGAGAUGUUGAGAGUUAGAGAGAGAGAUGUUGAGAGUUAGAGAGAGAUGUUGAGAGUUAGAGAGAGAGAUGUUGAGAGUUAGAGAGAGAGAUGUUGAGAGUUAGAGAGAGAGAUGUUGAGAGUUAGAGAGAGAGAUGUUUAAGAGUUAGAGAGA